AUGGCCAAGCCUUUCACAUGGGACUUCGAGCCCAGAAACGUUGCAUUCAAGCUUCAGCUGCAGGCGAGCUUUCACCCUUCAGUCGGCAGCUGUUCAGUGUCUCUACCCUUCGUGGACGCGAGCGGAUCACUUGCAGCGCCAGUUGCAGUAGCUCUCCGUGCAGGGGAGACCAAGCCCCGCCAGGCCGGUCCAGGCGGACGCAGUGCACAGACCGUAAGCAUCGAGAAGGAGCUGGGAAGCUUUAACGUCACUUUGGACUUCGUGAAGGGCAUCCAGCAAGCCAAGCUGCCGGUCACUGUUGCGCUGGAAGGUGGGCAGGAGAUUGUCAGCCAGGCAAGGAUUUGCCUGGGACCAUUGCUCCUUACCGGAAGCAAGGCGUUAAGUCCCGAAGACUACCAUCCUGGAGAGCCACCGAGGUCAAAACGUCUUCGUCCCCGAAAUGCGGUUUCUGCUACUUUUACAGAGUCAAUUGGCGUAGCUGGGCUGUACAGCUUGGAUGUGAUCGUGCUUAUGGACAAGCCGCUGCUAAGCGAGGAGAUGUUGCAGCGACUCAUGCCUGCAUGCUUUCGGGUGGAAAUGGUCCGCGGCUUGCCAAACGAGCAGUGGCUCCCCCAACAGUGUGAGGCUGUCCAUGUCGAAAUCUACCCAAAGCUGAGCAGCGCGUCACAAGUCCUGAGUGAGACAUGCCCUCGCAUGCAGUCGGAGAGCAGGCCGCACAACACAACCGCAGACUUUAGCGAGCCGGUUGUGUGGCUGCUCGGGCUGGCAUCACCUCAUGCCCUGCGUGAGUGGAUGCAGCACGAGGGGCUUGUGGUGGAGAUACACGACCGCGAUCCGAAGAAUCAGAAGGUGGAAGCCGCCGGUGGAGAUGGCAUUCCAAGAAUGCGGCCCAUUCAUGGCCAUGGCGUGGCCCGUUUCCCCUUGGGGCCUUUGCUGAAGUCGGAGACGCUGGAGCUGUCCUUGCGGGCUGACGUGUGCCCAAGCCGUGGGAACAAGAAGAAACGCCGAGCCGAAGCUUUGAGCGUGGACAGCCUUCAUGCAUCGGGUUUGUUAGAUGAAGAAGGCCGGCAAAAAAUCGCUCGCAGAGAAGGCCUCAGCAAGCGUGAGGACACGACGAAUUACCAUUCCCUUGGAACUGUGUGUACCCUUCGUGCAGCACUGGCUGUGCCAGUCCCGCUUCACACCCAAAUCCAGGAAACAGAGGAGGAGGAGCAUCGUAGACACUGGGAAACCACGGAGAUGCAACAGGGCAGUGUGUUCACAGCAAAGUCGCUCGGUGACUCCGCAGCGCUGACUCAAUGGGCGCCAAAGGCAACGCCAAGUCGGGCGAAAGUCGGCGCCGUUGCCGGGCCCUGGCGCAGAAGUGCAGAAGAAGCAGCGGAGGACGAAGCGAAACUCUUGGAGAACGAAGAUGCUGAGGCUGCGUCACUUGAGCUCACACAGGCAGUUCCACGGGGCGCUCUUGGCGGCUUGGACUGCCGCUUCGAGCGCUAUGGUCGCAUUUUUCUCCAUUGCUCUGAGGCCAACGAUGGAGAAGUUACCAGGGCGGUGCUGACUUGCUUUCACGAGCUGAACGCCUCACUGCUGGGGCUUCGCCCAAAGGAUGGUGAGUUUCUCCUGAGGCAGCUGUCAGAAGAGGAGCAAGAAGAUCCUCAUUUAGAUUUGCUGUCCGGCUUCUGCGUGCUUGAUGGGCGCUCGCGACUGUUUGUCAUCGAAGGACUGCGCGAGGGCCACUCAUUCUCAAAGCUUCUCGAGGUGAUUCCGCGCGGCCCAGAUGCACCAAAGUUGUUGCACAACUCCGCGAUUGGAUUUGGGGAGAGGCUCUACAUCAGUUUCGGCCCGAGGCUGAAGCAGGUGAAGCUGCGAGGAACUUUGGAGAGGCUGUCGUUCAGGCCAGCACUCUACUCCUGGAAUAAGUCGGUGUCCACCGAAGACGCUGCGGCAAAUGAAGUGCCCAAGCAACUCAUGGCUUUGAAAGGCAUGAACCGGCUUCGGUGUGCCCGGGAGAAUCCGCACUUCCCGAAGGCAGCACAAAUUGAGCACAUGCUGCGGCUGUAUGGGGCAUACAUUAGCGACCAAGAAUUGGAGGGAUUCCCUGCCGAAGAAGCCAUAACCGUCAAGAAGAGAAGCGCCCGAGGAGUGGACCCACGUCGGUCCUCAGCUGCACCAGUUGCAGCUCACGAUGCGACAAGGGAUGUCCUGGCAGAGGCAGUGAUUACCAACCAGCUUGCCGGUGGAGGCACAGUCCGUUUCCAAACGCGGUCGACGCUAAAAGAAAGGUUGGACCAGACGAAUGCACACUACGAGGAACACAAUGAGCUACGCAAGAGCGCCUCACUUCAGAAUUUUCAGAAGACGAACAAGACGCUAGUGCGCAUUCAAUCAGACCAAAAUGUUCGAAGGAAUGACCUGCUCGGCAAGAAGCGCGAGCGGGAAACUCCUUUCCUUGAGGGCCAGGUCUAUUUGUACUCCAGCCAGAAGUUGAACAGUGCGGAGCUACAGAAGGACUGGCUUCGCAAGCACAUGGCUGGUCACGAAUCCGAGAAGGUGUGGACAUACAAUCCGACGUACAUGUCCCAGAACUUCGAAUUUGAGGGUGCUGCGCCACCCGGGGUGCCGAAGCCUCCACCCCCACGGCCAAACGACACCUACGCUCGCUUGGAAGGAGAUGACAGAGAGGUUUUUCGUGCUCUUCAAGCUCGGCCGCGGGAAGCUUUUCGAAAGCCUCCGCGUGAUUUGGAUCAAUCCACCGUGGAGCUCCUGCACGAGCCCUUCGAAGAGGGUGAGUGGUUUCGAGUUGAUUUGGGAGAGGAGAGGGCCCGGCCCAUUGCCGUGGUGGAGACGUUCGAAGCAGGGAAGGUCCCACACAAUCGGCGCUACACUUCCAAUCCCUUCGAUUCUCAGCAUAUGCUCUUGGGGCAAGAGCAUGACUUCGGCCCCAAGUCUGGCUUCGAGAGUGUCCAUUACCAUGGCCGCCGGCCUGACGAAGAUCGUCAGGAGCAGUACUUGGAACAUAACAUCAAAGAAAUGGAGGCUGCAGCUUCAAAGAUACGCUUCCAUCGGGAAAUGAAGACGUUCUCACACGGAAUUAGUCGAACCGGGGUGACAGACCUCGACCGAAGCGAAAGGGUUCUCAAAGAUACUCCCUCGUAUCCUAUGCGAGGUCGUGUAGAUGACAGGUUUCCAGAAAGCAUGCGGACCAUGGAGCCCUACCAUGAGCUGGGUUGUCCUGCUCUGGAGUGGCAUGCCCGACUGCGUGAAAACGAUGACACAGCUCCUCUCGACGUCUUCACUGGAGCAUACAUCAAGCGCGAUCCAGAAGCUGGUGCUGGAGUCAAGCGGUCCUGUAUGAGCGGCUCGCUGACAAAAGCACCAUGGCGACAUGAAGGCACCAUCAAGUCCCUUGCAGCAGCGAGCAGCAAGUCGGUGACCUAUGUCAGCGCGCAUAACUUCAACGCAGCCAGCAAGCCCCCACAGUCACGCUUCUGCGAGGACCAGCUGUGGAAGAGCGCCUCGCGCACGGGAAUCAGCAGGAAAGAGCGCAGCGAAACGCUCCAGUACAAGCGGCCUCACCACUACGGCGUGCACCUCUGA